UGGGGAAAUCAUCAUGGAUAUUAUUAUCAGUAUCCAAGCUUUUCGUGGCAAAAAUGGAAAGUUUUUACCAAAAGAAAUUGCAGUUGCUGAUAUUGAGGGUUUAUUUCUCUCGCAUUGGGUUUUAAAUGCGCCUUACCCGUACUUGGACCUUUCUACCUGCUGGCGUGAGACAAACAAUAGACUCACAACUAAUCAUCAUGGGAUUGAGUGGCAUGAUGGAGAUGCUGAGAUAACUGACGCUUUACAUAAUAUCAGAGAACUGUCCAGAAAUGUUCGACAUAUUUUCAUGAUUGGUGCUGAGGAGACUGCAUAUCUCCAGAUUUUAUGUGCGCGAGAGAUUAUAAAUUUAGAUACGAAGGGCGAAUUUAAAAACAAUGCGGGCCUUUCAAAUGAAACAACACCCGUGUGUUACCUUCAUGUCAUGAAAAACAAGAUGGCUAAUCGCAGACACAUCUGUGCUUUACGCACAGUCUUGAAUAUGCGUCAAAGUUUAACUCAUAAAAAAGGGGAGAACAAUCAAGCAAGUCGAUAUUCCAAAUCCGAGACGGAGGACGAGGAGUUCAGUGAAGCUCAAGCUGUCGACACUAAGACUCCUAUAUGUAAAGAAACGUAAUUGUGAAUCUAGA